UGUGUGUGUGUGUGGUGUUUUAGGUCUCGUCUAGCUGAUUUCUUCACCAAUUGUCAGCCUGAGCCCCGCUCUCUCUCUGGCUGUCUGAAGGAGAAUUAUGCUGACUGCUUGCUGUCGUACUCUGGCCUCAUUGGCACGGUGAUGACCCCAAAUUAUCUGCGCUCACCCAAGAUCAGCGUCUCUCCAUUCUGUGACUGCAGCAGCAGCGGCAACAGCAAAGAGGAAUGCGACAGAUUCACAGAGUUCUUCACUGACAAUGCCUGCCUGCGUAAUGCAAUCCAGGCAUUUGGAAAUGGGACGGAUGUGAGCGUUUGGCAGCCAAUGCCCCCAGUGCAAACAACCACCACUAUGACAACACCAUCCCAGAGGAACAGAGAUCGAGACAGAUCACCCAAUGCCAUAGAGCCAGGGACACACAUCAACCAUCUCAAUCCAGCUGAUAACUCCCUCUACCAGUUCUGCGGAAGCCUCCAGGCUCAGAAGCUGCAGACAAACAACACAAUAGAUGUGUUAUGUGUGGACCCACAGAUCGAUGACCCCAGCUCCUCCAACGCCAUCUCCAGGAAUUCGUCCACUCGGCAGGCAUCUCUAUCAGGCCUUAGCUCUCUGCUGCUCCUGCUGGCUACCACCUUGCACUGCAUCUUCACUGUAGCGAUGUUGUAGCCACCUAAGAAUAUAAAACACGGACAGUCACACUUUGUACAAAGUCGAUCGCUGUUCCUGGUCAAUCUGUUGUACUCAGUACUCUCUCUCUUUCUCUCUCUUAGUCCCUCCCUUCCUCUCUAUUGCUGUUCUGUUUUUUAAGAGCUUUUGUUGAUGUUGUUGAUGCAACGAAACAAAGUGGUCUUGGUGUACUCGAGUUUCUGUCUCUCUUCCCUCCUGAUUUUGCAUCGGAAGAUGAAACGUGAAAGAAAUGCGAGAUAACCCUGGAAUCAUUGCAGCAUUCCCAUGUGAUGUUGUGCCGUUUACGCAAACUGCUGGUGUUUGAGGGCCAGAAAUCAUAAGGACUCCUGUCACAGCAGUAGAGCUUAAUCUUAUCUGUGUACUUAACAGCACAGUGUGCACUAUCCAUUGCUCACUGGCACACAAAGACACAACAAAAGUAAAACCAAGACACUAUUAAAAUGUAAUUUUUGAGAUGUGGUCACUGUUUAUUUCUACAAAUUGUCUUCUAACAUUAUGGUGAAAAUUAGAUUCUCACUAAUUGUGCUUCUCCGUAGUUUUUCUAUAGCAUCACUGGCCCAUCUGUAGGUCAAACAUAUCAAAAGACAUUUACAAAACAUCUAGUCACAGAAAAUGAAAGGAGGGUUUAGAGGGGAGUUUACUGGAUGACCAACAGGAUAGUAGCUUUGUCUGAAAAUACAUGAAGGAGCCUAUUUGACAACUUUGCUCUGGUUUGUAAUGGUGUGUUUGCGUGUGGAUGCAUGUGUGAAUGCGUAAUGCUGUUUGUAUGUGUUUGUUUGAACGUUGAGGAUGAGGUCAUGGGUUGACUGGAUGGAUAUGUCAGUAGAACUGGGGUUUCAUAACUCCUCUGUCACAGUUUGUGGGAGAAAACAUGGACUGAGGCCGAACAGCAGCAUUGAUUCUUGUGUAAUCAGACGAUGUGUCAAGGUUCUAUGUUACAAUUGCAUAUAUAAGUAUCUGUAAAUUGCAAUGCAUCACCACUCACAAAGCUAAACCUACCGGCAUCCGCGUAUCUAUCAAGUGUAUAUUGCCUUUCUGAUGUUGCUUUGACAGGGAUUUUCAUACUUUGGCCCCAACGAAACAUGCAAUCUAGUCAUGUAUGUAUUAUAUACUGUAGCCAGUUUUUUGUACUGUAUGUCUCUACAAAAGUUACUGAAAGAGUCAGUAUUGUGAUCCUGCAUCACAAUUACUUAAAACCAGUGAGAAAAAAAUCUUAUAUGUCAGUAUGAGGCAUGUGCAGUUUAACCACCUCAGCGGUACACGUUAAAAGUGUCUAUGACAUGCUGCUUUGGUUCAUGUGGCAUUUUGAACAAAAAAUAAUGUAUUGUUGUACUCCAUGUUAUUUACAGGACAGUUUAAGUGCUACAUAAAAAACACACACACACACACACAAACAUAUAUAUACUUCUACAUGAACUAUGUUUAUAGAGCCUGCUAUAUUUGAAUUGGGAUUUGGUUGUACAAUGUAUUAUCAUAUUGGAUAAGGAUUUGUCACUUUUCUUAGUAACUAUAUACACAGUAUAUAUUUUUGUUUAGAUAUUACAGUACAAAUUGAAGACUUGCAUCUGUAAUUGUUGUUGUCCUGUCCUAUAUCUCAAAGGAAGGAGAUGUACAACAGCCAUUUAUUUACUAUACACCACUAUGUUAUUGUUUUAUGGUAAGCCAAAAAGAAAGGAAAAAAUAUCUUAUUUUUGUAUCCUUUUGCAUUAUGAGUUUAUUUAUUGUAAUGCUGUCUUUUCUGCUGGAAAGCAGUAUGGGAACUUAUGGGAGCAUGAGUGAUGGAAAUGCAAUAAAGGCUAUUGGAUGCGGUUUGUUAUAGAUUCUGCGCAGGCAUUUUGUGGUGGUCUGCUAUAUUUGGGUUUGGUUGCAACAUAAAGUUGCUGUGAAGAUGGGAGCAGGACAGUAAGAGUCCUACAUUGUAAAAACUAUAUUUCUCUACAUCCACAUCUUAUUGCUCCAGAGAAUUAAUAAAAAUAAGAAAAAAUAAAACACAAGGCUCUUCCACAAUCUGUCACAUUUCUUCUUAGCUUGUGAAAAUGUAAAAAGUAUUAUAUGAAAACGAUUAAAAU